CCUUUUCUGUCCAAAUGCAACAUUUGCAUGUGGCUAUCUGUUGGCACGGCCUUUUUCUGUGAUUGAUUUCUUUCAAAGCUUGUUGCGGCUAAUCUAGUUUUUCCUAUACCGAUAGAUUUGGAAAGCUAGAUGCACAACAACGUAUAAUGAUUUGCAUGUACUUCAGUUCGGCAGGUGGGAGAAUGGUGACUAGCUCAAGCACAAGAGCACCACCGUUCAGUUGGUCCGAUGAUUAGAGUUUUUAGAGAGAUUCAAUAAUUGAUUUUAUAUUAUAUACUGAUGGCCACAUCCCCUCAAGUAAAAGUCAUUUAUAAGGAUUUGAAGUUUGCAUCGAUACGAAUACGAAUAUCAUGUGUUUAACAAAUGGAAUCGUAGACUUUUUUAUGGAUCUUAUAUACAUAUAUACCGACACAUACUGACACGUCCCUCCUACUAUUCAUACUAGUAAUCCAAUCUUAAUAUAUUUUGAUGGUGCUGAUAAAGCAUUGGUGGGCGGUAGAGUUGGUUUAGUGAGUUUCGACGUAGGAAGUGAAGUUUCGUUUACAUUGGACCGCUUUUAUCAAGAGUUCUUUGAUCCUCUUUUCAGCGAGCUUUGGCUCUCCGAGAUUUCCUUUGUUGGUGUUUGACUGAUUACUGCUUUAAUGUUUUGUUUUGUGGUGAUUCAUGUAUACUUAUUCGGAUGAUCAUUGUGGAGGAUUUGUCGAAUGCUAUGGGGCAAUCCUCCAAGAGAUUCAAGUGUUAAGAAAUUGACAACGCUAUUAUACUUACAAAGUGAGAAAUAGAACGAUGCACACUUGAAAAGAAGGCCUUGAAUAUUUUCGUAAUUAUACUGCCUUUCCUUUUAGAUAACUCUAAAAGAAAAUACAUAUUAAAAUUUCUUGAUAAAUGUUCAAUUGAAAAUGAAGAUAUCCCAAAUCUUAAUGCACUUGAGAUCCUUUUUAAAAAACAAAGAGAAAUUCUUUACAAACCACAAAUAAGUAGCUUCAUUUUAUCUUACUCACUAAACAAAUUAUGAAAUUGGAUGAAGAAAUUUUAAUUCAUUUGUUUUAUAAUGAAGUAAUUAAGUCAGAGAUAGUCUCUAGUAAUGCAAAAUGAGAUGUAACAAUUGAGUCGAAAAAAUUUAAAUUGUCUUACUUGUAUCGAUUUGAAUUGACACGAGACAUAUUGUGUAAAAUAAUGCAUCUAUUGCAAGACAGUAAUUUUUAAGACUGUCUCAUUUCAUAACUUCAUCAUCCAAACAACUCUUUACUUCCUUAAUGCGGUUGGGUACUCCUCAUAUGUACAUUACAACGAGAAAAUGUUAAUCUAGGAUAUCUCGAUUCACACUAGCAUGGAAAUUUCAAAUUUGAAACUCCAAACAUUGUGGAUAGUAAUAUUUGUUUGUAUCAGUAUAAAUAUAUUUGUAUAAAUUCGUAGGGAAUUGGUCAAAUAGAACAAGAAAACAGACAGACAUACGUAGGCGAAACAAACAAUGGACGUAGUAGCAGAAACAAUUGUUAAAUUUCUUGUCCCCCUUUCGUUUCAGUGAGAAACGAAUAUAGAAAGCGUUUAAACAAAAUUUACAAGCUCAGAAUUAAAAUCAGUCCAUCGUCUACAUCGCUCGCCCAAUACUUCUCCUCCUCCUGGAAUUCUCCCCCUUUGAGUGCUUCGCCACAAGGCAACGAAUUUCAUACUUCCCCUAUUCCCAUUAUAUACCUUCCUCUCUGCCUCUCUCUCUGUCUCUGUCUCUCCCUCCCCGUCGGAAUAGCAGACGGCUGUGAAAAUGGCGGAUACCCACAAUCACGACGACUUAGACCAGCUGCUCGAUAGUGCUCUCGAUGAUUUCCAGAGUCUCAAUUUUGCGGCUCCAGCCUCACAACAGCGAAGCGCUGACGGCGAUGAAGAGAGGAUGAAGGUUGAGGGGUUUGGUGAUUUGCCAGCUGGGGUUCAGGGUUUGGGUAUGGGAUUGCCCGGCUUGAAGAAGAGCAAGAAGAAAGGGAAGCAAAUGGCGGCUGCGCCGGCGGGAGAUUCUUCCACUGGUCAUGUGGCGGAGGCGCUUGAUAAGCUUAGGGAGCAGACGAAGGAGGCUGUGAAAGGAAUGGAGUCUGUGACUACUGAUUCAAAGGGUGAUGACAAGGAUGUUGCAAUGGAGGCUUGGGUUAAGCAGUUCGAGGAGCUCGCCUCAACCCAGGACAUGGAAUCUCUGGUGGAGUCCAUGAUGCAGCAGCUUCUGUCAAAGGAGAUUCUUCAUGAACCCAUGAAGGAAAUCGAAGGGAGAUAUCCAAUAUGGUUGAAGGACCAUGAAUCUAGUUUGAGCAAGACAGAAUACGAACGUUAUUCCCAACAGUACGAACUCAUAAAAGUUCUGAACCAGGUUUACGAGAACGACCCCAACAACUACACCAAGAUUACCGAUCUCAUGCAAAAGAUGCAAGAGUGUGGGCAGCCACCUGAUGAAAUCGUCCGGGAACUCGCUCCUGAUCUUGAUUUGGCUAGCCUCGGUCAGAUAACACCGGAGAUGAUCGAGUCCCAGCAAAACUGUAGCAUAAUGUGAAGGAAGACAGACAGAGAUACCUUUGCUUAUUGAAAGAAAGCCUAUGAUCAAAU